UCAUCCCAUUUUCUAUAAGGCGCGUUCCUGCUCGCUCACGCACGCGCAAGCCUUGCAGUUUCUUGUUCCGUUUAGCUGCGGACUGUACCAAGUAAACCCGGACAGCGAGGGGCAAAGCCCGGAACCCCCUGCGCGGGCCUCGUCGAUGGCCCAAGUCGGAGAGCCCCUCUUCCCACAGUGCGACGGGAAUGGUCCAUCUCGCCGCGCAAGCGCCCUAGGCUCUUCACGCCGCUUUGCACUCCCUCCUACCCGACUUGCAGCGCAGGCGCAGAGCCGAGGCGUGCAGCCGCCGCCGCCGAGCCAGAGCGGGGGCAGCUAGUGCCGCAUCCCGCUCUACCUGCCGACAUCCUGCAUUGGAGAACUUGUGACCCAGGUGUGGCUGUGAAGAGCUGGCCGGGGAGGGACGCUGCCCAGCUGCUGCUCUUUUCCUGUCUCCUGUCCCCUCCCCUGGCCAUGACAGAGACCCGUGAGCCAGCUGAGACUGGGGGCUAUGCCAGCUUGGAAGAAGACGAUGAGGACCUCUCUCCAGGCCCUGAGCAUUCCUCUGACUCUGAAUACACUCUCUCAGAGCCAGACUCCGAAGAGGAAGAAGAUGAGGAGGAGGAGGAGGAGGAGGCCACUGAUGAUCCUGAAUAUGACCCUGGCUACAAGGUGAAGCAGCGCCUGGGGGGAGGCCGGGGGGGCCCAUCCCGCCGGGCCCCCCGUGCAGCCCAGCCCCCAGGCCCCCCAGCCCAGCCCUGCCAGCUCUGUGGCCGCUCACCCCUUGGGGAGGCCCCACCAGGCACCCCGCCUUGCCGGCUCUGCUGUCCUGCUACAGCCCCCCAGGAAGCUCCAGCCCCUGAAGGCAGGGCCCUCGGGGAGGAAGAGGAGGAGCCACCUCGGGCUGGGGAGGGCCGACCAGCUGGGAGGGAGGAGGAGGAGGAUGAGGAGGAGGAGGAGGGCACCUACCACUGUACAGAGUGUGAGGAUUCCUUCGACAACCUCGGGGAGCUGCAUGGGCACUUCAUGCUGCAUGCCCGGGGGGAGGUGUAGGUAGAAACCCCACCCAGGGAGCUUGGCCAAAGGGGUGGGGUGGGAGGAGGGGGCAGAGGAAACUGGGGGGGGGGGUCAUAAUGGUCAUGGGGGAUGGGGGUAAUGCCGAUCUGUGUCGUCUUAGCAGUAGAUGUGUGAAGGCCAGAAUAAAAGCCAAAUUCUGU